GGCUUGUGCUUUUUACCCUGCUGCUGUUGCUGAGUGGGAAUUGAGUCAGGGCUCGGCUGCUGCGCUGUGAGGAUGGACGUAAACGCCUUGGGCCUUCUCUGCCUCACCAAACUAGGAUGACGCCAUAGCAUUGAGCCAUGGCAGUUCUAGUGCUGUCAAACUGCAUUAACUCAAUCAUAUAGACCAGGGAUGAUUGUACAGAGGAUCAAAAGUGUGUGUUACAGACUGUAGAACAGGAAACCCACAUCUUACAGCCCCUCUGCUCCCCAUUUCCUGCUCAAGUACAAUACAUGUGACAGAUGGUAUUGUUCCAACCAAUUACACUGUUGAAGUACAGAAAUGUAAACAACCGUCAGAAGUCUGGAAAUUAAAGGUCUUUGGUUGUGUUGAUUUAAGUUACAGUGCCUAUUUCAGCAGCACGACUUCCUGGCAGUGAUGCUUGGAGAAAAGGCAAAUUAAGUAAAAUAAAUUAAACUUAGGGAACAUUACAUUGUUCCUUUUUCAAAGGUAUCAUCAGAGAAUUGAGCUUCUUGAUCGUGGACAAUGAGGUUUGUGAAGAGCAGAAAUGUGAAGAGGAGGUGUUCCCCCUGGCCAUGAAUUACGUUGAUCGCUACCUGUCCUGUGUCUCCACCCGGAAAAACCACUUGCAGCUUUUGGGAGCAGUCUGUAUGCUUCUGGCCUCCAAAUUGCGGGAGACCACACCUCUCAGCGUGGAGAAACUCUGCAUCUAUACGGACAAUUCCAUCACACCUUGUGAAGUUUUGGACUGGGAGUGUUUAGUUCUAGAGAAGCUAAAAUGGGACCUAGUGGCAGUAAUAGCAAAUGACUUCUUGGAUCAUAUUCUCCAGCGGCUGCCCCUUCCCCAGCAUAAGGUGGACUUGGUGAAGAAACAUGCACAGACAUUCAUUGCAUUGUGUGCUACAGAUUACACAUUUGCAAUGUACCCACCUUCCAUGAUUGCUACAGGUAGCAUUGGAGCGGCAGUCCACGGCCUCUCUACCUCAUCCAAUGAUUUUUCUGGCGAGGUGCUUAUGGAGUUGCUUGCUAGCAUUACUGGCACAGAGGUGGACUGUCUGAAAGCUUGUCAGGAGCAGAUUGAAGCUGCCUUGGCCGAGAACCUGAAGCAGACCUCGCAGCCACAGCAGGAAUACAGCUCAUCCAAGAACGCCGCUUACCCCAACAGCCAGGAGGUCACCCCCACCGGCACUCCUACGGAUGUCACCGACAUCAACCUGUGACCAAGCCUUCCCUGUGACCACCCAGAUCCCAGCAAGUAGAACCUGGCACAGAAAAGGAAGGAGAAGACUCCCAAAACAUUCUGCCCGUCUGCAUUUAUCACCGAAGAACAAAGGAAGUUCGAGAAGAUUUCCCCAGUGAACAUCGACAUUGUAACAAGGCCAUGAUGAAAUUGGGUCUUAGAGGAACUGGGUGGGGCUCAGACAGGAAAAGGUAUUUUGCAAUAGGACAGUUUCUGUCUUGCAAACCCGAUUUUCUUUGGAAUGAUUGGAACAUUGUUAGGCUUGGAAAGGCAAGUUCUAAGUCUUUGUUCCAAACAUUCUUCAGUUUGGGUUUGUUUCAUUGGUAGGGCGCUAUUGAUGACUAUAAUGUCUUAACUGUUUCUGCGUGCCUGCUGCAUGCGUGUCAGGAGAUGUGACGCACUUUUGUUAUCUAAACGACUCGCCUUCACCUUCUGUGAAGACAUUUUAAGCAUUCGCCUGAGACCUCCUUGGCUGAAAUUGCUUUUCUCUUGCUGCCAUGAAUGGGCAACUGGUGAGAGACCAAGUGAAGCGAUGGCUUCCUUUUCCAGUUUUGCUCAAUACUAAAAAAGAAGUCUUAGUUAUCCUUUGAAGGUUAGUAGUAGUAGGCUCGAAGGUUAAUAGUAGCACAAGUCCUUUGGCCUUUCAGUGGAAAUGAGUGGGUUUUUGGCUAGCUUUGUAUAGGUGCUUGUAAAGUGCUGCUUGCCAUAGUAAAAGUUUGGAGACAGGGGGAGAAUUCCUGUCAUCACAGUAGGCUGAAUCGAUAAAUUGUCCUUGCACCCAAUUGCCUUUUCUUACUCCCCAGAACCCCUGAGCAACUUUAUUUAUUGUGUGGACUAAGUAUUAUAAAACUGCAGAGUGGGGGAAGGGGCUUGAUAGUAUUUGUUAUCUUGGUCUAUCUCUUAUUGAUGUCCAAAACUAGUGCCUUAAUGUUCUUCCUUGUUCUCCUUCAUACCUCUGGGUUGCUUAGUUUGAGAGAUUAGUCAGUGUUGAAGUCAAUCCACAUUCAGAGUACACCCAAAAAGUGCUGCUAUAACUUGUAUGUAGAAAUCCCCCCUUUGUCUUCACUGCCAAAAAGAGAGAGAGAGAGAGAGAAAAGAGGCAGGAGAGCUACAUGCAAAGGAUGGAUGGAGAAGUAAUAGGAAAUCAAAGCUAUUGGAUUGCCUGCUUUUAUAAUGGGGUUAAAGAUUUACCUCUUUCCCCAAAAGAGUUUACAAUAUGAUGAGCGGCAGACUGCACUGGAGUCGAUAGUUGUAUUCUUGUUCAGGAAAAAAAGGGUUUGUUUGUUUCUAAAUGCUGCUUUUAUAAGAAAUCACUUUUGAGAAUUAUCAGGUAUGAGUGAACAGUAGUGAUGGAAAUAACCGUCCAUUUUGAAUGCUCCAGCUGGAAAAGAAUAUGGACUGAUGCUACCUUGAACACCACUGGAGACCACGUUUGCUAAUGAGAAAAAGGUGCUUCUUUGCCAUUUCUCUUUCCCCUCGUUGCGCUUAAGUCUGUUUAGUCAUAACGGAAGUGCUAUCAGCAGAUCUGAUAAAUGGGAAGUCAGUAUCCUAAAAACUUCACAGAAGCUUGGAAUUGAGGGGAAAUUAUUUUUAUAGUUCCACCUAUAUCUGUAUCUAUAUUUUAGAGCUUUAAAGAACGUUUGUCCAUAUUAUUCAUUAUCACUUGAAAUCUGAUUGUUCUGAAAACCCUUGAUGUUUUAUAAUGCAAUAAAGGAUUUUUUAAAACUA